UGCCUCUUGCAGCUGCAACACGCCACCGCAACUCGGACCUCAACUCUCCUGCUGAAGAAGAGAGAGAGAGAGAGAGAGAGAGAGAGCUGCUCGAAUAAACCCUAGCUGCUCUUCCACCGCGUAUCGUGUCGUUCCAGAUCCGUGCCGGAUCUGCUGCAUUAGCUUUUCUCAGCUAUAUCGAGAUUUCCGAUUUAUUGCAGUGAAGAUGACUCAAGACGUGGAGAUGAAAGAGGUCCCAGAAGCUCCUUCGAAUUCCGCUCCUUCCUCCGUUCCGUCCGUUCUACAACAUUUGAAGGAGAUAGCGUCUCUCAUUGAAACGGGUGCGUAUGCCAAGGAAGUGCGCCGAAUCUUGCAUGCUGUCCGUCUCACGAUCGCGCUAAGGCGCAAGCUGAAUGCCCCGGUGCUGUCCACUUUCCUCAGUUUCGCUCUCGUCCCAGGUUCCGAAGCACACUCGAGGCUCUCUUCCUAUCUUCCUAAGGAAGAUGAGCAUGAUAUGGAAAUUGAUACUGCAACUUCUGCAACUCAAGGUCCUGCUAAGCAUUCUCUGCCAGAGCUUGAAAUCUACUGUUACUUGCUUGUGUUGAUAUUUCUAAUUGACCAAAGGAGAUACAAUGAGGCAAAAGCUUGUUCCUCAGCAAGCAUUGCUCGUGUGAAGAACCUGAAUAGAAGAACUGUUGAUGUUUUAGCAUCUAGGCUGUACUUCUACUACUCGUACAGCUAUGAGCUUACAGAGAGUCUUGCUGAAAUUCGAGGGAACCUCCUUGCGUUGCACCGGAUGGCCACACUGCGUCAUGAUGAACUUGGCCAGGAAACACUUCUCAACCUGCUACUCCGCAAUUACCUUCAUUACAAUUUAUAUGAUCAGGCGGAGAAGCUGAGAUCGAAGGCACCUCGGUUCGAAGCCCACUCAAAUCAACAGUUUUGUAGGUACCUGUUCUACCUGGGGAAGAUUAGGACUAUUCAGUUGGAGUAUACAGAUGCAAAAGAGAGUCUUUUGCAAGCGGCUCGCAAGGCCCCUGUUGCAGCCCGGGGCUUCCGCAUCCAAUGCAACAAGUGGGCUGUGAUUGUCCGUUUACUGCUGGGAGAGAUCCCGGAGAGGACUGUUUUUGUGCAGAAUGGCAUGAAGAAGGCUCUUAGGCCUUACUUCGAGCUUACUAAUGCUGUUCGAAUUGGAGACCUGGAGCUCUUUCGUACUGUUGCAGAGAAGUUUGCUAGCACCUUCAGCACUGACAGGACCCAUAACCUCAUUGUGAGGCUACGCCACAAUGUCAUCAGGACCGGGCUACGCAACAUCAGCAUUUCGUAUUCCCGCAUUUCGCUGGCCGAUGUCGCCAAAAAGUUGAGGCUGGAUUCCACCAACCCUGUAGCGGACGCUGAGAGCAUCGUGUCAAAGGCAAUAAGAGAUGGGGCGAUUGAUGCCACGGUGGACCACAAGAACGGUUGGAUGGUGUCAAAGGAGACUGGGGACGUCUACUCGACAAAUGAACCACAGCUGGCGUUCAACUCGAGGAUCGCGUUCUGCCUGAACAUGCACAAUGAGGCCGUGAGGGCAUUGCGAUUCCCCCCAAAUUCCCACAAGAAGGAGAAGGAGAGUGCUGAGAAGAGGCGGGAGAGGCAGCAGCAGGAGCAGGAGCUUGCAAAGCACAUUGCGGAGGAAGAUGAUGAUGAGUUUUGAUGGUUACAUUUUGUUCUUUUCCUUUAGAAAUUUUUUAAGAAGAGCCAUGAUCUGCUUCAGCUAAGCAGGAUGGUUUGGGAAGGCCACUGCUAUCAUCACUGUGGUCAUCAUCACCACCAUAAAUUUCCAUUUAUGACUAAUCCUGAUUGAAUUAUCCAUUUGUAAUACAUAUUUAUUCUGUGGUUUUUCAUAUUUGGUGUAAUUUUCUUUA